UGACGCUAGCUAGCAUGGAUGCUAGCCCAUGAAGCUUCUGGAGAGUCUCGUACCGGCUGAAGUGUGAGAGAUGAUGAGCGGGAAGACGGUGAUCAUCACCGGAGCGAACAGCGGGAUCGGGAAGGCCACCGCGGCGGGGGUGGUGAAGCUCCAGGGCCGGGUGAUCAUGGCCUGCCGGGACCGGAGCAGGGCCGAGGAGGCCGCCCGGGACAUCGUAGAAGAGACCGGGGCGGACAGGGACCAGGUGGUGGUCCGACAUCUGGACCUGGCCUCGCUGACAUCCGUCCGAAGCUUCUGUGAAAACAUCCUGAAGGAGGAACCCCGCCUGGACGUGCUCAUCAACAAUGCCGGAGUCUACCAGUGUCCCUACACCAGGACGGAGGACGGCUUUGAGAUGCAGUUUGGGGUCAACCACCUGGGUCACUUCCUGCUCACCCACCUGCUGCUGGACCUCCUGAAGCGCUCGGCCCCCAGCCGCAUCCUGGUGGUCUCCUCCAGACUCUACAAACACGGCCACAUCAACUUCGAGGACCUGAGCAGCGAGCGGUCCUACGACAAGGCCUUCGCCUACAGCCGCAGCAAACUGGCCAACCUGCUGUUCACCUGCGAGCUGGCUCGCCGCCUGGAGGGCAGCAGCGUGACGGUCAACUCUCUGACGCCCGGCAUCGUCAGGACUAAUCUGGGGAGGCACGUGCACGUCCCAGCUUUAGCCAAGCCACUGUUCCACCUGCUGUCCCGGGCUUUGUUUAAGAGCCCCGAGCAGGGAGCUGAGACGGCGGUGUUUCUGGCCUCCAGCCCCGACGUUGACGGUGUGCAGGGAAAAUGCUUCGCGGACUGUCGGCCUCAGGUUCUCCUGGACAAGGCCACCGACCGAGACAUGGCCAGUAAGCUGUGGGACAUGAGUGAAAUCAUGGUGGGCAUAACCACAUGAAGUCUGAGCUAAGGGGGAGAACGUCCUGCAGCGCCUCGUUCUGGAUGGGAGGGGGUUAUUAGUCAGCGUCCCGGGUUCAUGUUUAACUGGUCUCAAAGCUGCUGGAAAAGUGUGGUCUCCCUCACCCUGUAGACCGGUGGUCUCCCUCACCCUGUAGAAAGGAGAAUAAUCUCUUACCCACUGGACACCUCAGUUACUCUCAGCAUGCAGAGGAUGAGGAAGAGGAGUGAUCAGUGAUGAAGAGUGGUGAGUGAGAUCGAACAAAUGUGA